AUGGCUAAAUCGAUAUCUGAUGACCAGGUAUUAUACCAGGAUACAAGUGAGGUCAAAAUUGGCGGAAUACGGAGAUAUAUUAUAAAAUACAAUUUAUACACCGGCGAUGAGAUCCCCACCACCAUAUCACUCGAUCCAUUGAAACUAACUAUAAAAAAUAAGGUACGAAAAUCAUUCAAGGCAGCAUAUUUAAUGGGUCCGUUUACUUUAUAUUGCGAUGUGAGAGCCCAAUCUUAUCAUCAUAAGCAAAGAAUUGUUUCUUCAAAAGAUGUACCACAAUUUAUAUCAAAUUUACAACCUCAUAGCAAAUUUAUCGCAGAGUUAUCAUUACAUGAGAUAAAGAAGAAAUAUGUGUGGAUUAUUGAUGUUAUAAGUCAGAGUAUUUUUUCCUUAAAUAGUGUCACAUCAUUUGAGUUAACAUUGGGGACCACUACAAACAAUUAUAAUAGUGGAUCAUCCUUGGAAGUGGAGACUUUAAGUACAGAUGUCAUAUGGAAUGAAAAAGCGACGAUACCACUUUUGAGAGAGUCAAGAAAAAUGAUUCAUCUGGUCAUCUUGACACAUGGGAUGCAUUCCAAUGUGACGGCAGAUAUGUCAUAUUUAAUGGAACAAAUUUACAAUACACAGUCAUUAUAUUCAAACGAAAAGAUUGUCGUGAAGGGAUACGUAGGGAAUGUUUGCAAGACAGAAAUGGGAAUUAAAUUUUUGGGGGAAGGGUUAGCCAAAUAUAUUAUUGACACUCUGUAUUCUGUGGAAGUUGCUAAAAUCUCCUUUAUAGGGCAUUCACUUGGGGGGUUGAUUCAAAGUUUUGCCAUCUCCUCAAUUGCUGUCUUGCAUCCUUGGUUUUUUGAGAAGGUGAAACCAGUUAAUUUUAUCACUCUAGCUACACCAUUUUUGGGAAUUGUGACGGAUAAUCCAAGUUAUGUAAAGAUGUUACUUUCAGCUGGAAUUAUUGGGAAAACCGGUGUUGAUUUAGGACUGAAAGAGCAUUAUGAUAAUAUAUUAUAUCUUCUGUCUGGGGAGCCUAUUAAGUCUAUAAUGAAGAAGUUUGAAAGAAGAACUUUGUAUGCCAAUGCUAUGAACGAUGGAAUUGUCCCAUUAUACACAUCUUGCCUGUUAUUCCUCGAUUAUGCUGAUGUACUUUCUGAAUUAGAUAACUUGAAGAGAAGCAUUAAGAUUACAAUUGAUACACCAGAGUCUGGACGUGAAUCUGAAAAGAUAAUAAAUACUUCUUCAUCGUGGAGUAAGGUUUUCAAACAUCGUAAGGAGGAUAAACAUUCUGUUAAAUUACCAAAGACCUCGAUAAUUGAGUCCAUGGCAUCAAUUUUACAACCACCUUCUCCAACAGAUGAAUAUAUUACGAAUCCAUCAUCCAGGGCUAAAGUUAUCAUCCAUGACAAGGUCUACACAGAGGACGAUAUAGAGAGAAUUGAAUCUAAUUUUUAUAAACUGAAAAACGAUAGACUUUUAAGUCGAUUUUAUAGAAGACAUUCUACUGGAAAACAAAAUGAACGAUUGGAAGUAGAGAUUGCUAAGAGAUGGCAUUCUGGUACACCCUGGAGAAAAGUCAUAGUUGCCCUAGGAUCUGAAGCGCAUAACAAUAUCAUAGUCCGAAGACGAUUUUCGAAUGGAUAUGGCUGGGAAGUAAUUGAUCAUUUGAUUGAGAACCAUUUCAACGGAAGCGAUUCUCUAUUGGUGCAUAAUAACGAAGAGCAGGCUGUGAUGAAGGCAACCAUGGAACCAAAUAAGGAAUUUUCUUGGAUCACGAAGGUAGAGGACCCUUGUUCAUACAGUGGAGGGUUGCUAUCAAGAACGACGAAACUAUUAGAUACAAUGUAUGUUUCAAAUCCCGAGGACAGAGUUACCAACAAGCAAGUUAAGCCUUAA